AUGGCUUCCACCUCCAAGCAGCUAAUGGGAACUCUACCAGGGAAGCCAGACCAGAAUCCCACAAAGUACUGCAAUGUUACCCUCUCUACUACUUCUUCAGAGUUUGAGCUGAAUGAGCACAAGAAAGAGGUAGAUGAGAUUGAAAAAUUGGUGUUUGGAACUGAUAUUGGACAGGUUGAGCAACAGAUUGUGACAACAAGUGGGGCAAAGAUUAUGGAGAAAGUAUACAAGCUGGUUGCAGCUAAGGUUGUGAAGAGAGAUGGACACAAGGUUGAGAUGGUCACGCAGGAGGACACCACUGAGGUUGAGCAGUCACCUUAUGAUAAACUCCCAUUUCCACAGAGGGUCCUCACCAAAGCUCAGAAGAAUGUCAUCUCCAAGUUCAGGAAAGAUCUUAGUGAUGUUGGGGUAAAGCUUCCAGAGAUCUCGGGUAUGCGAGAGGCUCGUGUACAAAUGAUGCUCAUCAAGGACAUUCUAACUCACAAAGAUAAGGUAGCAGAGCUCCUGGACUUCUCUACUCUGCAACUUGACCCACAAGUCCCACCAAAGUCUCUCUCUAAACAAGAACACCAGGGGAUGUUUACCUUGUCUUGCUCCCUUGGUAAGCUCACUUUUGAUGAUGCUCUUGUUGAUUCUGGUGCAACUGUGAAUGUGAUCUCUAUAGAGAUGGUAAAGACUCUAGGGAUUGAGAGCAUGGAGCCAACCAGAUCUUUACUACAGUUUGGGGAUUCUUCUUCUACAACCCCAAUUGGUCUCAUCAAGGAUUUUCCUAUGAAGAUUGGAGCAUGCACCAUCCCUGUUGACCUCACUAUUCUAAAGAUGGCAACUGCAAAGAGGUUCCCACUCAUCCUUGGCACUCCAUUUCUCACAACUGUAGGAGCUUGCAUAGACUUUGAUAACAAGAAGGUCACACUCCUCAAAGUGAACAAAGCUGUCUCAUAUCCUCUCCAGCCCCUAGAGAAGAAGUCUGUGUAUUGUGGAACAAUCACUUGUGAAGCAUCAUCCAUUGAGAAACCAAAGGCUGAAGUGCUGUAUGUUGAGAAAGAAACUCUUGCUGGAGAGUCCUCUACAGAGAUGUGUGAUGAGCACUUGGAAAGUGCUAAAAAGGAGGAGGUGAGUAGAGCUGCAAAGGCUACUCAUGUCAAGAAGAAGAUGAUGAAAGAACCUCACCCUCCACCUCUUGAUACACUGCCACACACUCUCACUCUUCACCCAAUGAAGCUUAAGGAUGGAGCUAUUGAGUACAAGAUCAGAUGUAAAGGAAAGACUACAUCAUUCUCAAGUGCAAGGGCCAUCAUCACUCAUGAGCUCCAAGAUGAUCCAAUCAAGUUUCAAGAGCUCCUCUCUCUGGUCCUGACCAUCACUCCUAAUAGUGGGAAGGACCCCCCUUCUCCACUCUCCAUUUGA